AUGAUCAAAUAGCAUAGAAAAAUAGAACAUUCUUUUCUCUAUCAGACUAUAUAAAAAGAAAGUUUCUUUAACCUUUCUAUAAGGGAUAAAAAUACCACUGCCACUACUUUUGGUAUGCCCUAAGUAGUAUUUGAUGUUCUAUUUUAGUAAUAAAACUUGUUCUAUUUGUUCUCUGUUAUCGACUGAAAAAUCCAACAAUGUAUGCGCUAGCAGAAGAUCAUCGUAACGAUGUUGCAUCUAAUAUUGUUGCAUUAGCUUGUGGUUUAUUAGGCUCAUUUGCAUUGCGACAAAAAAUUAACCAAAAAGCAAUUGUCAUUGAUCCUGUCGGAGCUAUCGUGAUCAGUCAAAUCAAACGUUUGAGUGGUUUUACAGCUAAACCAGAGUUUUUACAACAAGUAACAUGGGUGACAUUACAACAUUCACCAUUGAUAACAAAAAUUGAUACUGUGCGAGCAUUUCAUUUUGGAACAUCUUUUCUAGUUGAAGUUGAUAUUGUGUUACCAGAAGUAAUGUCGUUAAAAGAAGCACAUGAUAUAGGAGAACAAUUGCAAAAGAAGCUAGAAGAUCUUCCAGAAGUUGAACGAGCAUUUGUUCAUUUAGACUAUGAAGUGGGUCACAAAGCCAAAUGUACAGUUCAUUCAUGUUCUUGUUCAAUAACAAUUAAAGAUGAGGCUAUUAUCGGAAGUAGUGGUAUUGAUAACGAAGGGGCACAUUAUCCACAGCACGAAGCUAAGCUAUCAACAAAUGUUUAUGAAUGUAUUAAAGCUAUUAAACGACAAAUUGUGGAAGAGCCAACAACACCGGUAACACAAGUUUACAAUGAGCAAGUCAAGAAAUUUCGAAGAGAAAAUGGUUCAGCAGCUACAAUAUCUAUAUUUGAUACGAUUAAAUCUUCGCUUUACACAACACGAGCCAUGAUACAUCUAAACUGCCCAAAUCAUUGUCGUCCCUAA